UCAGAGGAGCAGGAAAGCUGACGUUUCGGGUCUGGACCCUCCUUCAGAAAAUUGUAUGUCGUCCUUAGAAGAAUAUUUUCCGGAACCAUCUCAUUGACAUGGACUUGUGCAGAAUUGAAGAUUGAGGAACUUCUAGUAUACGCCUCAUUUUUGUUCGAACUCCUCGGAGAUCCAAAAUUCCGGGAAAGGUGAGAGGUGCUUUCUCAAGUAUUCCAGAAAUUAACUUUUUAUAUAUGAAAAAGAAUUGAGCUGUGCAGCAGAGGUCGCUACUGGCAAAAUGUUUGAAAAGCGUUCCAUUCAGAUUAUUGUUACUCUUUGUUAGUUUAAUUGAGAAUAAUUCGAUCCUCAAUGAUUACACAACCCGAGUAUUUUAUUAAGCUAUUUUCUCAGAAAAAUAACUAAAGAAGACCAGACGUUUGGAAACGGAUUAUGUGAUGGUGACCAGAUUGCGAUCCAAAAUAUCAACAUACUUACAUAACUUGUUGUUUUAAAAUGCUUAACUUUUGUUCGUUGAAUUGAGUUGCAAUUACACGUCGUUAGAACAAUACGAUUAGGUAUGUUAUCAAAACAACUCUCAGUUAGCCUGAAUUAGAAUUAAAUAAGCAUUCAACUACCUCCGAGACAGUACUGUUUCUUUUCACUUGAAACUGACCUCUGUCUGAUCAGCGGAACGCACUUACUCUUACAGAUAUUUAAAUGAUUGCUCCUUUCAAUACACUGACAAUUAUCAGAUUGAGAAUGUGAACGCCCGAGAAAUAUGUCAGCAACUACUACAGUCUUCGCUAAUGCCUACGCUAUGAAACGCAGUCUUCUUUGCAGUAUAGUGUAUAACGCCUCUAUAUUUCACCGUUUCCCGCGAUCAAACGGGAUAUAUUUGAAAUGUUGCAGGAUACAGCAGUCUGGCUCAUAUAAAAACAAAACGACUGCCGCAUCUGCAUCGUUCUAAUACACAAUGUUACAAACCGGAAGCAGCACAUCUGUAUCAUGCAAACGAGGAUCGCUGAUGAGAACAUGUUUUCAAACCAGCGUUUAUUCUUGCAGUUGAUUACUGAAAGUAACGCCAGUUUGGACGGCCUCCUCCCACAGCUGCAGCAAUGUCUGGAUUGAAUAUUACAGGAGUUGAGGUGAUCCCUGCUCUGUAGAAACAUCUCGACCGAAUCCUGCAACAACAGCUGGACUGAGCACAGCAGCUGUAGUAAAAAUUAAUACUACAGCUGUAGUAUCACCUGGAAUAAAUCCUCCAGCAACAUCUGGACUGAGCACUGCAGCUGUAGUAAAAAUUAAUACUACAGAUGUAGUAUCAGCUGGAAUAAAUCCUGCAGCAACAGCUCGACAGUGCAGUGCUACUAUAGUAACAGAUGGAUUGAACCCUGGAGCUGUAGUAACAGAUGAAUUGAACCCUGGAGCUGUAGUAACAGAUGAACUGAAGCCUGCAGGUGUAGUAUCAGAUGAAUUGAACUUUGCAACUGUAGAAACAGGUGAAUUGAACCCUGCAGCUUAUAGUAACAGAUGAAUUGAACCUUGAGCUGUAGUAACAGAUGAAUUGAAGCCUGCAGCAACAGCUGGAUCCUGCAGCAAGGCGGUGAUGACGUCAGGUCGGCUGCUUUAAAAAAUGGUGGUUGAUGUGGAGUCAGGAAAUAGGAGAUUUCGAGACGGCUCGGGUUGUGGCAGACAGCAGCAGCAGCAGCAGCAGCAGCAGCAGCAGGUAAAGUUGCCCAGUGAGAAGCUGCAGCAUGUCCCGAGACUGUGCAGUGGGCUUGGUGCUGAGUGAGCAAGAGGAGAAGCGCUUCUCCGACCUUUUCUCAUUCACUCUGCCAGACGCCGACACAACAGGCAGAGUUGCAGCCGGAGCUAAAGUUGGCGAGUUAUUCCAAGCCUCCCAGCUCUCUCCAGACACUUUGCACCAGAUCAUGAACCUUUGUGGCGCAAAGCAACUGGGUUAUUUUGGCCGUGGUCAGUUUUACAUUGCUCUGAAACUAAUAGCUGCAGCCCAAUCCAACCUUCCAGUACAGCUAGAAAGCAUUAACUGUGAAUUGCCUCUUCCUCAGUUCCCUGCAUUGAGGAGUGACAAUGAGAUGCAAAAAGGAAGCCUUUCCCAAAGUGCAGAAAUCCAUGGGCAAGUGGGCCGCACAAUCUCAUUAGUGAGCUCCUCCAGAGGAGUAGAGAAUGUACUAGGAAAAGUGCAGGAGCCUGUGUCUGCAGUUACGUUGCCCAUCGACUCUCCUCCUUCUUCACCUCCCUACCAAAAGAGUCAAGCAGUAAGUGGAGAUGGGAGACCAAGAAUUGGUUUUGAUCAAAAUCAAACAGUCACUCACGAAGGAAGCCCAACAGCAGGCUCUGUUGUAUAUCCAACUGGACAAACACAUGGGAACUAUAUAUCCAAGCCUUCACUUCCUCACUCACUUUAUGCUCGGAAGCAACCAACUGUACAGCCAGUAGAUCCAGAAACACAGGAGAACCCUUCAGAUGACACUGAUGACCCCUGGAGGAUAACAGAGGAACAGCGAGAGUACUACUAUAAUCAGUUUAAAACACUGCAGCCUGAUAUGAAAUCUCUCAUUUCUGGUUCCGUUGCUAAGGAGCUCUUUACAAAAUCUAAGCUUCCUAUCCGAGAGCUGUCUCAUAUAUGGGAACUCUCUGAUGUGGAUUGUGAUGGAGCUUUGACACUGUUCGAGUUCUGUGCCGCCUUUCAUCUUGUCGUAGCUAGGAAGAAUGGUUAUUCAUUGCCAGCCACGCUUCCAGAAACUCUGAUGCCUGAAUAUCUACAGAGGAGUGAAGUGUUUCUACGGAUGAUGCAUGAAGAUGUACUAUUGGGUUCCCAUGGUAACUCGGCUAUUGAUUCUCUAGCAAGACAGCAGCAAUGGACAAGCUGGAAUCACAGUGAGGAGAAUAUCGUAGCUGAAUCAGUGCCCACUAAGUUAUCUGCAAGUACCUUCCAGCAGCCAGAACUUCACUUCCACAAUGAGAAAUCAGAUUUAAAUUGGAGCACAAAUGCUAGAUUCAAACAAAUGUCAGGUGAAUACCAGACGAGUGAAGAUGCAUUUUCCUUAUUUAAAGCAGGUUGUAAGGAAUUGGAUUGCAGCCAGAAAAGGAAAACAAGACCCAGGUCAUACUCUAGUACCUCUGCUGAAGAUGCUAUUAAGAAAGCAGAAGUGCCUCCGACUCCCCCACCAAGACUUCCAAAGACUCACUCCAGAGCCUCUUCCCUGGACCUUAAUAAACUUUUCCAGCAAGGUAACCAAUUGGUGAAGUCUGGUUUGUCACAGCCACCUCCUGCUGUUCCACCACGACCUCCGACAGCUAAGAUUGCUCCCUUUCCUAACAAAGCUGAGACCUGUAAUGUUUCUGCUGAACAGCUGGAGAAAGUUCAACAGCCAAAUUUUGCAGAUUUCAGCAAGUUUAGUGAGCAGGCCAACAAAGGAUCUUUAACAGACCUAUCCUCUCAAGUGAAGAGACCAAGUAAUCUUGGAGAAGAAAAUAGUUCUCCAGUUAAGGAUGUGAAGUCUCGUCAGCCUCCAUUGAAACCUCUUCGUAGAAAACAUCGGCCUGAAAGCCAGGGGGAGAGUCAGGAACCAUUGCCUCGACUGAAUUCGACUUCCGCACCAGACGCUAAACUGCACCAACAAUUGCAAAAAAUGCCAUCCAAGCAUAAAAAAGCCAUUCAGACAGCGGUUCGCAAAAACAAAGAGGCUAAUAUGAUUCUGGUCAGGUUGAAUGGUGAACUGCAGCAGCAAUUCAAAGAAGUUCGCAAAGAACGGAUUGCACUGGAGUCUCAAUUGGAGCAACUUCGACCAGUCUCCCAGACAUGACUUCUCCACCUUUCAACAAGCAAUGGAUAGGAAAGCAGAAGCUCAAUUAUGAGGACUGUGUGCAGUCUAAAACUUUUGGAUAAGAACAGGGCAAACGUAAGCACAAUUCACACCACUGUGAUCCGAUAACUUCUCUUGGUGCCAUCAAUUUUAUAGCAAACUGUUUGAGCAUACAAACAGGGAAACCUACCUUGUGCAAACGCUUAUAUUUGCACGUUCCAAUGGUCUUUGAAAAUGUACAAUUGUUUAAAGCACAAUAUGUUCUAGCCAACUUGUGUAACAAGUACUAGACCAAUUUUUUUUACAUGGUUAUGAACAGCUUUCAUUUGAAAGCACAAUCUGUGUUAUUAGUGUCCCAUACAUGCUUGUACAAAGCCAUUAUAAACCAGAAGGAGCAAAACCAAGCAAUCUGAGAUUUUGUUAAACUAUCUUUUUAACAACUGCAGUAUUUUGCCAAACAAAAUACUCAUUUCAGAUCCAUAAAUGUGUUCAACACCACUUCGACAUUACCCCUCCAUCCCAGCAAAUUUUACACUUCAUAAAAUGCGUGUACUUAUUUUCUCUUUCAAUUUUCAAUAUUCAAUAGCUAUAUUGUGAAUUGUGCAAAAAAGUACAGUUUUCUAAGGAAAUUUAUAAUGAAGACAAUAUUAACAUUAAAGUGGGUAACUUUCUCGUCUUGUAUACAAUAUGUUCUAUAUUACUAUGAAUUCUAGUUUAAUGGUGAAGUACUCGGUGUUUGAGCAGCUAUCUGAAGUUAUGGGCAUCUUGUAGUUGUAAUUUAAAGCUCCAUGUGACUCAGACUUGUAAUUACAUAGACAAAAUAACAAAAGAAUUACAUGUCGUAAGAGCGAAACCUUUUCUGGGAAUGGCAUGCUUGUAUUCUGUUCAAUUGCCUGAUGCAUAAACCUGUUAGAGCACAAUAGGUAACUGUCACUUUUAUAUGUUUUUUUUCUCGUAUGUCUGCCUUUACUGAUGUGCAAUAUUUUUAUUCUGAAUUAUGCAUAAUACGGAAUAGCUAUUUAAAUAGAGGUAUCAGGGAUUGUAGGAUUUAAAUAUUUUCUUCUGAGUAGCAACUUUUGCUCCCCCCUUAAAUCAUUGCAGAGUUGGUAGUACUCUGUUGAAAUAAAUUUGGUAAUGUUUCUAGAA